GAUGUUCUGUAGUGACCUCCCUUUGCUAGACCAUAACUUAUUAUCUUAAUCUUAAUCUAAUCUAAGUCUAAGCAUCUUACAGCACAUUCAUGGAGAAAGACAGCGAUAUUCUGCUUAAAUACAGAGCAGUAACAAAUAAGUUGAAAAAGUAAUUAAACAUAUUUUAUCUCAUUUUUAGACCUUAUUGCCUUAUGUUUUGUUUUUUUAAAUUGAUAACAUAACCCUUGUUAGCCUUGUUAAACUAUGUUACCACUGAGACAUGACUACAUGUACUACUAUCGACUAUUACUAUUACUAAUAAUAGAUUAGUAUUAGAUAAUUUAUAUCUCUUAGUCUGAGUCUCAAUGAGUGAGUAGUCUUCCACGGAGCUCUGGUUGACAAGUCUGUAAUGGCUGACCCCCUAGAAAACUUGGGGAACAAAACCACCAUUCGUUGAUUGCAUGAGCCUGCUGUGCCUGUUUGUAUUGACUGUGUUGGCAGACAAAGAACAUGCAUUGGUAUCUGCCGGAAAUUGUAGCAUCAGCUAUGCAGAGAAUUGGUGCCAUGACGUCAUGUCAUUAGGGAUACAUUUUCAUGUAGGGUUCAGGUUAGGUUUAGGGAUACAUUUAGGGUUCAGGUUAGGUUUAGGGAUACAUUUAGGGUUCAGGUUAGGUUUAGGGGUACAUUUAGGGUUCAGGCUAGGUUUAGUGACAGUGAAUUAUAAAAGUUCACGGGUCAUGGCAACCAAGAAGGCGGCUGUGUGAUACGUCAUGGCACCAUUUGUCUGCAUUUACUGUAGCAUCUGUAGUAGGCUCUAGGUCUGCCAGCUGUGGAGGGUCUGCAGCUGGAAAUGAUGGCUGAAACAGAGUAGGGAUCAUGAUUACAUUUUGCCGUUUAAGUAUAUGAGGCUGGUAGUGGCAACCUCAUGCCAAUUAUUCUAUUUAGGCCUAGACAGCAAUUGAGGGAGCUGUUCCUAGGCAACUGUUUCAUCCCAGCUGCUUCAUAAAUUGGUUGUGAGGUAGAAACCCACUGUAGAAAUCCUUGUUAGAGGGUAACUGAUGAUUUCUUUGGAUGGGCAAGGGGAGAUUUUAGGAUGAAAAUAUGCCAUCCCGACUCCUGGAAAAGUCAACUGCUGAUGCUUUGAGAGCAGGGCCACCGGAUGACAGGAUGUCCUUGGGCUGGGGUGGCCUUUGCUAGUACAUUGAGGGAGUGCCAGUGGGGGCUGUCCUGGCAAAGGGAGAUCUCCAAUGGGCCUCUCGGGCUUAGGGGAAGGUGCUUUGGGGAGGGCAUAAAGAGCUAAUGUACUAUCUCAAUGGUGCCAUUUUCAGUGUAAAUUUUCAGUGAAUGAGUAGUAAAUUGAAUAGACCAAGCCAGCGACCUAUUUUGCCAUUUCUAAAAUAUAUUUGUUUACACCGACGUUACACCCCCUCUCCCCCACUCAAUUCCAAGGGCAGAAAAUCAUUGAAUAUUUAAAUUCCAUAUGGUUUAUGCAAUUGAUUUAUACAGAGAAUAUAAAAGUACACAAUAAAUUCAAUUGUUCAGGAUCCACCAUAGCCACAACAAUUUAAAAAGACAGACUCUGCGGGACAGGACUGUUGAAAGGUUUCUGGUAUUUAAAGUGGCAAAAGUGAUCUACAGGCAGAAACCUAGAGGCAAACGGCCUACCAGUCAACCGAGAUUGAGAUGGACUGACAAAAAAUGUAGAGAUUGUAGAGAAGGAUUUGCAUCAGCAAGACACCUCAUUGAAGUUUUUAUCACGCAGCACUGUAUUAUCUUCUUAACUUAUUUAUUAUUUUAAUAGGCCUAAAAACCUACAAUAAUUAGAGUACAUGUAGUCUGUACAUGAAGACUGAAAUUGCAGAAGAAACCACUUUGCUGGCUUUGAGUUUGAUGAUACAAGACUAUUAUUAAAAGAAAACACCAACCUCAAAAGUCCCUUCUUUUUAUUGGUAUGGAGUUUUACUCCAUAUUUUGUAUCCUAAUUUUUCAAUUUUUUUAUGCUAUUUAUAUUACAUAGCAUAUUUCUUAAAAUAGAAUUGUCAUCCGUAUAGGAACUGUUGAUCUAUUUUGAUUAACAAGCGAUUACCAGAGUCAUAACUGAUCAUAUCCUUUUUAAUAUAAAUACUCUAGAUUGAGUAACUAUUUCAUUGACUACAGCUGACUCAGUGACUGAUAAUCUUAUUUUUUUUAAACUGACUCAAUGAUUUGAUCUAGCCUACACAGUCUGGAAUUAUUCUAUUCUCAGUCAUCUUAGCUUAGUCUUAGCAGCCUAAAUCAUGCCCUGUGUUAUUUUUGUUCAGUGUAAUUGAUAAUAAUUUGGAAAAUAAGUCUAAGCUAGGCAUAGUUAUCAUCAACUCUUAGUUGUCUACUUUCAAUAUUUUGGCUUGAACCAGUUAAAUAGUUUCAUAUUAUUGGUUUCAAGUACUUCAAAUUUUAAAACUAAUUUAUGCUUUAUUAUUGAAAUAACACUACACUCUCUUACUUGGCUUGGAUCAGCAUUUUAUGACAAAAAGGAACCAUAUUAACACUGUUACCUGGGAAGAUGCAUUAGUGCAGCAAUGACAAUAACAAAACCAACUGCACAUGAUCUAAUGACUAAUGGUUAAAAAUUGUAUUUUCCAGGAGAUUCCUUAAAAAGCCGAAUGUUGCAGAGGGAAGUGAACAGUUUGGUAAGCUAAUAAAAGGGUUUAAUUAUUAAAUUGUAAAUUGAGAAUAAGUACUCACUUAUUCGUAGUUGAAGGAAGUCUUUAUGAUUAUAUUUUAAUUUGUACCAGUAUAUUCAUUUUAUGUUUACAGCAAGUUUAGCAAAGAACCUGAAAAAUCAAGAAUGCCCUCAAUAUGCUGGAUUUUGUUGUCUUGCACAAGCUAGGUAAGUUUUAUAUUAAGAUUAACUUAUAUAUUCAUAAAGAUUAUUAUUAUAAUAAUAUAAUAUAACUAUUAUUAUAAUAGUUUUGACUAAAAACACUUUUUUUUUUCAAAAGUAAACAAAUUAUAAAAUGUUGUCUUUUUUUUCCUGAAAGAACUUAUUAUUAUUAAUUUAAGUGGUCUUAUAUAGCGUGGUACCCCAACCUAAGGCUAGGCUCAUUGCGCUUCACAUAAAAAUGAACAAAUUCCAAGUACUAGCGACCCCUGUCUAGCCAUGGACGGCACCUAGCAGCAUUGAGCAUUGUAUAUCGAUAAAAGGGGGUUGAGAAUGAGUCGGAAUAGUAGAGUUCGAAGAGAUAUGUCUUGAGUGCAGUUUAUGAGGUAUGGCAAUGACAGUGUCAAUGGAUUUGACAAAAGUAUUUAAAUGAUUAGUUCUUAAAAGUGUCUGAAGCUACUUUGCGCCCAAGGGAGAGCUAAAAAAUCAUAGCUUAGAAAGUACAGUAUUGGUUAUUGUGGGAAUGGGCUAUAAAAAAAUUAAAUAAGAAAUUGUAUUAAAGUAUUAUGUACUUAAUAAUUAAACUAUGUGCUUGUUAUAUACAUUUAUGCUGAUAAAAGUCUCUUUUUCUUUUUUGUAAACUUGCAUUGUUAUUUAAAUCAGUGCUACUUAAAGUGGUGGUCUGUGGAAUUUUGCUGGUCUACAAGUACCAUUAUCUCUCCGCUAAAGGGGAAAAUUUUAACAAGAUAAAUUAAAAUAAUUAAAAAAAUUAGGCACCAGUCUCUGCAGCAGCUGUAGUGUGGAGAAUGCAUGGCGGUGAGACUUACUGAAAAUUAAACAUUGAUUUAAAUGAUUGAAAUGACCACAUCACUUUAUACAUGGAAGAGUAUUAAGAACAAGUUUUUUGGUAAAUAUUGUUUUAAUCUCCUGAAGGUGUGAACAUACAUUAUCUAAUGCUGCUGGGGAGGCACAGGCCCUUACUGAUGCAGCAAGAGCUUUUCUUGAGGCUGAGUUGAUGGAUAGGGAAUUGAGGGUUCCAGGAUUUCAAGAGCAUUUGACAUCAUCUAUCAAUUGUUACAGUCAUGCCAUCCGAGUAGGUCUAUUCUUUAAUGCUCAUUUAUUACAUGAUAAUUAUAUAGAUUAACUUAGGAGCUUAUUAAUAAUUGUACAAGGUAAGUAAUUCUUCAACCUCUGAAUAAAAAAAAUAAUAAAGCACAGCUGAAUUGCAAAAAAUUUAUUCAAGUGAAAUAAUUUGGAAAUAGCACUUUGUGUGUGAGGAUUAAAGUUUCGGAAAAUCCAGUCAUGUUUGAGUCCAUCCCCAGGUUCUCAUGUUUUUUGUGGGAAUUUACAUGAAUAUAUGUACUGUAACAUCUUCACAAUUUGUAUUUAAAAAAUGCAUUAGUUCAUAAAAUUCUUUGCAUUUUAUGAUUUAAUUUUUUUUCUUUCUCUGUAAAUGCUUCUUUGAAUACUUCCAGGUGCACAUUGAGAGCAAGCAGAUAGCAUUAGCUGCUUCUCUUUGUUUAGAAGUUGGAAAUGUUUUAAGAGUAAGCUGAAUUUAUCUAGUUAAUUUUAUUUCUUUUAAUUUAAUUAUUAAUUAGCUGCUUUAAUUUAUUAAACUAAUAACAGUUAUGGAUGCCAGGUGUCCUGAAAUAUUCAAACCCUAAUUCUUUUGUUUUUUUUAUUUUUUUAAUCUUUUUACAAUCACUUAACUAAAAACAUUAACUUUUUUUUAUUUCUUUAGAAAGUAAACAGACCAGGGGAAGCAAUAGCUCAUUACCAAAGAGCAGCAGAGCUCCAAUCUCAGGUAAUGACGAAUAUCGCCAAUGUUAUUAGAUAUUUUUGCUAUGUUGUUUUAGAAAAUUAUCUUUAAAAUUUCUAAUGUAACAAAUGGUACACAGUUUUUUCUUCUAAUUUAUUUUUUGCUCACCAUUUCAUUUUGUCAUAGAGUGCACUGGACUGUUUGGAUGCACUGAACAUGGUGGCAAGAUGCAAGAUGGACACAAGUAACUAAUAUAUUUUUUGGUUCUUUCAAAUAAAUAUUUUAUACAUCUGACUUAUUAGAUUAAAAUUAUUUAAUGAUUUAUUUUUGCAUAAUCAUGUUUUCAAAUGUUUAUGAUUAACUAUUCCUAAGCUUUAGGUAAUAUUCUCUAAUGGAUUAUUGCAGAAGACUUUGAAGGAGCCCUUGCAGUUUUAACAGAGAUGGCUUACCUUGCACAUGAGAGAGGAGGUAAUAUUUUAAAAUUAUUCCUCAUUAUCUUUAAUUUUGGACUAACUAAACUAUGUAUUUUAGCAACAUAAAAACAAUUAACUUAAAGAGGCUUUUUAAAGUCUUAUUUCAGAAUGAAACAAAAAUGAUUAAUUAAAAUUAAUUCUGUUUAAAAAUCAUCCAAUAUUUUCCAUUAGAAUGAUUCAUUUUAAUUCAUAUAGGAAGUCUUUGCGCUAGCAGGAUGAAUCAUCCCUAUAUGCAUCUAUUAUAAGAUUCAACAAUGUUUUGUAAAAUCUUACAUUUACAUGAUUUUUUGUUUUUUUAUUUGGUUCAUUAUUUAAUUUUAAAUAUCUAUAAAGUGAUGCAAGUAUUUUUAUGAUAGGAUCUUCUACCACUGGUCGACCAAUAGGUGCUUAUUGUGAUAUUUUAGCGAAGUGUGAAGUUACUAGAGUUUUACUUCUUUUGUUACUGCAGGUAAAUUUUCAUGUAUUUGUGUACGCUGCAAAGUGUCUUUUUUGUGGGUCUUUAACAGUGUUGGCUCCUUCCUUAAUUUAAGUUUAAUUCAAAAGCAUUUGAGCAAUAAUUUGAUGUAACUGCUUCUCUAGAAGAGUGAACUUAUUUAAAGUGUUAUGAUUUUAAAGGAAUUUAACAAAUUUAUUUUUUAAUAAUACCACUAAUGAAUUUUGACAAAAUUUAAUUGACAUAUUUACUAAUUUAGUCCUAAAUGUAACCAAUUUGGUUCAAAGUAUAAGUAGUGUUUAAAAUCUCUAAGACAGUUAUUUUUGUACCCCUAACAUUUUAAUAUUGAAAUUAUGUUAGGAGGGGGUCUUUAAUCACUAUUUUCUUCAUAAGACACUUUCAAUGAACUGUAGAUUUUGUUUGAUGGAAGUUGCAUUAAAAUAUUAAUUUUAAUGCAACAUUUGACCUUGAAACAAUUUUACACAUAAAAUGUACUCCUUUUUUCAGCCAACCCCUCAAAGAAUAAGGCCGGAACAUGCUCAGACUUUGGAAAAAUACACUUGGGAAUCAUGUGACAGUAUCACUGGUGAAUAUAAAUUUUUUUCACUCAGGAAGUUUUUUUUCCAAAACACUACAGUGUACUCCCUUUGCUGAUUAAAAUAAAGCAAUAAUAAUGUGGAGCUGACACCUGCAACACAGGUCAUGUUAAAAUUAUCAUCAAAUCGAAAUAAAAUCUUAUGAAAUUACAAUAUAAUAUACUUACUUGUCUAGUAUUUUUUACAUUUAUUUUCUCUAAAACUCUAUAUUAAUGAAUUAAUGAAUAAUAUGGUUAGUUUAGAAAUUUUCGACAAAUUUUCUAUUUACAUGUGGAUUUUUUUUCAAAUUGACAGAAAUGUACCUUGGAGAAGAUUUGUAUCUCUUACUGCAGUCAGUAGUGGUGAGUCUUUUUCUGAAAAUUUUUUUUUAAGAAAACAAUUUUUUUGACUCUCAAUUUAUGAUACUGAUACAUCUACCUUGGUAGCAAUUUCAAAUAUUUAUGUUUUUCUGUACCUGAGCAAAUAACAACAGCAUAUUUUCAUAAAAUGUAUGCACUUACUGCAAAAAUGCACUGAGUUGUUUCAGUAUAAUACAAAAUUUAUACAAGAAGUCUCAUUAUCAUGAAACAUCUUUCUAUUUCUACAGAUGGCUUGUCAAUCCCUAGACCUCGAGUCACUUAGAGCAUUACAAAAAGAGUUGUGGCCCCUCCUUGACUGUGAACAGAAUCAACUUUUGCAUUUAGUCAUUCAAGAGCUGGCUCAUCCAAGUGGAGAGGGCAUAUGAUUACCAAGAUAAGGACUCAGAAAGUAUUAAUCAUCUGUCGAAAAUGUCUGAGGACUACAGUCUCAAGCAUUAACGUUUGUCAUAAAAAUGCGGACCGAUAACAGAGCUUAGUAUAACCUACGUGGAAGUUGUGGUGUGAUAUUGGACAAGACAAGCUUAAAUCUGAUGAACUUUUAAAUUUUGUCAUUUCAAGACAAGAUUACAUUUUUUCAUGUACCAGUAAACUAUUAGAUUACCUGCUCGGGCAACACAACCACGUUGUGUGUGAAAAAUAUGGAAAGAGAUGCAUAAACUAUAAUAAUAUUCCAGAUGCACUGACUAUGAGGUUUCCUUUGGGCACAUGGACCAUGUACCAUUUUACUUUAUACUAUUUCAUAAAGCCCAAGAUCUGUGUCCUUAUCUGGUAUUUCAGCACAAACUGUUUAUACAUAUUUCCAUAGUUUCUGGGUUUAUCAUUAUUGCAAAGUACUAAGAGGAUGUGACAAUUUGGUUGAUUUUGAAACUCUGUGAUGUAGACAUAUGUUGUUUUGAAGGUGGAAGCAGGGAAUGAGAGUGCAGCAUUGUGUGCAAUGAGAACGGUAUGGACAAGAUCCACUCUGGAAUAAUUAUAUUUGAUUGAUUUUUUUGUAUAUUUGUGUGACAUUUUUAUUAAAAGUAAUGACACAAAAUAUGUUCUAUGCAGACUGGGAGAGAUUCUGUGGGAACGCUUAAGUUUUUAAUUUCAAAUAAUUUUAUUUCUUAUUUUGUAUGGUCUGCCAAAGAAGACAUUUUGCCGAAACGUCCUUGUAAGUGUUCUGUCUUGUUUUCAAGCUUUAACAUAUCUUGUUUCACUAUGUAUUUACUUCUCACAGCUUGAAUGAAGCUCCCCUAUAUAUGAAACAUUUUUUUAUUAGUCUUGCCUAUAAAAUGUGUCAGUAGCCACUAACCCAUUAAAGCAAUGAAUUUACAUGCCAAAUAAUUUUUUUUAAAUGUGACGUGUCCAUUUCUGCUCUAUGAUUAAUAUUUAUUUCUAUGCUAACAUUGAGCUUUUUUUUCACUACAAAUAUUGUGUAUGAAACAUUUCUUUAACAAAUUUUUAAAAAUUUUCAGUCUUGAUGAGAAGUUCUUUAUAGUGUAAUAUAAUAAUUAACUCUACAAUAAAGAAAGAACAAUUAGUAAAUUGUUCUGUGUUUUUUAAUUUCAUAACUAAGGAUAUCC